GUACUGAGAUUUCUUUCAAUUUUGAUUGCAGACUAUGAUGUCUUGACAAAUCUAAGGAGAAAUAUUUGAGAUUUUAAAAAAGAAAUAAUCAGUGAUUUUACAUAGUUAUUGGUAUAUUAAAUGAAAAAUCAGUGCAAGUGUGUUAUUUAUGAUAUUCAACCAUUCCAGGGCUUGAAAUCCUUACAGACAGACAUGGGGAAGAUGGGGACACCUUUACUUCUCCUUUUCACUUUUUUAGCCUCUGCGUAUUGUAAUUCUGUCCCUGAGAUUAACAUGAAUACGGUAAACGUGAGAGAAGAUCUUCAAAAAGGUGCAUUUGCAUUUCAAAUCAUUGCAUCUGAUCCGGAUGGUGACAUUCUAACAUAUGAUAUCAGAGGAACAGACUCUAGUUUUUUUAACGUCAACAAAAACACUGGUGCAGUCACAAUCAACAAUCUGCUGGACAGAGAGACAAAACCCCUCUUAAACAUAGAUGCUGUGGUGAAUGAUGGUGUUUAUGCGGACGUGAUAAAAGUCAUUUAUAUUAUUGUGGAUGAUGCUAAUGAUAACGCACCUGUAUUCCAUGGCCUGCCCUACAACGUAGAGGUCCUAGAGAAUGUAGCUGUGAACAGUACACUAUUCAGAGCAAAUGCCACAGAUAAAGAUAUUGGCACCGCUUCUAAUGUGUUCUACAAAAUUGAUGAAGUGGUACCAAAUGAUGUGGCUAACCUGUUUUCAAUUUCUGCGACCACUGGAAUUGUUGUCCUGGACGGAACUUUAAACUACACUGAGCAAAGCCCUUUCUAUCAGAUACUAAUCAAUGCAUCUGAUGGUGGUGGAGAACUGAAUGGCACACACGUGGUUCAAUCCACAUCAGCAUAUGCAUUCAUUACAGUUAAAGAUGUGCCGGAUAUCAACCCACAAUUUCUGAAUUUACCUAACUUUAUUGGUGUUGAGGAGAAUUCAGAUGUGGGUAAGUCAGUCUUCGCUGUGAAAGCCAGAGAUCCAGAUACUGGGGUCAACGACAAGAUCCGCUACAGCAUUGAAAAUACUAAUGCACCAGACCUGUUCCAAAUUGAUGAGAACACUGGUGUAAUAUCUGUCAAAACUCAAAUAGACCGAGAGGAAUUACUGGACAUAGAUGCUACUGUAGUACUGAACAUAAAGGCAAGUGAGACAAACCUUAAUGUGGAUGGAGUUAUUGCGAGCACAGUAUUAGACCUAACAAUUACUAUUGGCGACCAGAAUGACAACGGCCCUGAAUUUUAUGAGUGUGAAGGUGAAACCUGCACAAAGAAAAACAGCUUCACGGGCAAUGUUGAUGAGCAUUCAUCUGCAGGACUGGCAGUAGCUGAACUGAAUAUAGGAGUCAAAGAUCCAGACCAGAGGGAAAACAGCAGGUUUAAUCUCGAACUUGAUGGACCUGAUAAAGAUGCGUUCUCUGUCAGUCCCAGUUCCGGAUUGGGAGAAAGUUCUGUACAAGUGACAAUAAAAGAUCCUACCGCUGUUGAUUAUGAGAAGAAGAAAGUUAUGUCUGUUCAGAUUAUUGCUAAAGAUGCCAGUAAAGACUUCACCUCUACGGCCUCUGUCACCAUUAACAUCAAUGAUGUAAAUGACAACUUUCCUAAGUUUCCUAAGGAGGUUUAUAAUGAAGCUGUUGAUGAACACUGUGAAGAUGGAACUUUUGUGGCUACCAUUACUGCAACAGAUGCAGAUGCCUUGGAUGAUGGCAAAAUCACAUACAGAUUGAUGCCAGAAAGCAUGCAGCAGUAUUUUGAUGUCUAUCCAAAUGGAACUGUCUAUGUAAAAAAUGGAAGGCUUCUUGACAGGGAAAGCAUCAAUUCCUACUCACCCACCCUGCAGGCCUUGGAUUCAGUCAACCAGACUGGUAGCACUGUUGUGAUGAUUGAAAUUAAGGAUAUUAAUGAUCAGACACCAGAGAUGAACAGAGAAGUUUAUGAGGCCUAUGUAAAAGAGAACAGCAAUUUUGAGCUUCAAAUCAAGGCUAUAGACAAUGAUGAGCCAAAGACUCCAAACAGCGAAAUCCAGUAUCGCAUUGAAAACAGCUUAUUCAGUAGUAACUUCAUCAUAGACCCGGACAGUGGUUUGCUUAAAAACAAUGGUCAGUUGGAUCGCGAGGCCAUGGAUCCUCUUCUAAAUGGUGUGAUUGAGUUGAUAGUGGUCGCUUCAGACAUGGGCACACCCUCCCUUUCCUCAUCAGCCAAUGUGACCAUCAACAUUGAGGAUGUCAAUGAUAAUUCUCCACAGUUCCUGGAGCCUGUUCCCAAAUCCUUUCAUGUAAAGGAAAGUGAAAGAGGCAUAUUGGUUGGUUCUCUGCUGGCUCACGACGCCGACCAAACAGACUUCAAUAAUCGCAUCAUUUUCAGCAUCACUGAAGGCAGUUUUGGGAGUUUCAUCUUAUAUUCUGAGGCUCUCAGUGAAGGUUACAGGGGCAACAUCACGGUGGAUCCCGCUGUUGAGCUGGACUACGAAAGUGACCGCAAGUCUUAUGAUCUGACAGUGGAGGCCGCGGACUUGGGUCAGAACAGGGUUACGAUUAAAGUGGAAGUGAUAGUGGAUGAUGUUAAUGACACUCCACCUGUAUUCCCAUCCGACAUGACCCUGAGAGUAAAUGAGAACAGCAUUUUGCCAGUGCCUCUGGACACAAUCAAAGGCGAAGAUGUGGACACCAAACACAUUCUAGAAUAUGAGCUUAUUUCUAGUGAGUGCCAGUGCAAUGGCACCGUAGGGCUGUGCCCCGAGGAGUGGUUCAAAGUUGAGCGUAACGGCAAUGUGAUGGCGAUUAAUAGUUAUGAUAUUGACUAUGAGAAAUGUGAUAAAGUGUUCUUGAAUGCCAUGGUGGUGGAUCUUCUAACUGAGAAGGGGGAGAACAGUAGUAUAGGGACUGUGACCAUUAAUAUUGUGGAUAUCAAUGACAACGCCCCAGAGUUCGUCGUCAUGCAGGAUUUCUAUGUUGUAGUCAUUGACAAAGUAGAGCAGGGCACAUCUGUCGCCAGAGUUUAUGCCAAAGACAGAGACACAGAGCCAGAUAACAGGAAAACCACCUUUACAGUUACCAAGGUGGUCUUUGUCGGCAGUGAAGGGAAUUCCACAGAUGUUUUGGUUCUCACCGCUGACACUCCCGCUCAGGAAGAUGCUGAAGGAAUUUUUUCUACACAUAUAAGGUCCCAGAUGAAUAUGGAUAGUAAUAAAAAAGGGAAGUUCAUGGUUGAGGUGCAGGCGUCUAACCCUGAUGGUCUCAAUUCCACCUCUGUGGUUGAGCUUCUCACAGUUGACAGAUCCUACAGAGUCAGUCUCAGAUUUAAUGCGCCUGUGUCUGAAGUCAAUGAAAAUUUGCAUAAAAUCAGAAAUAUUCUGACAAGUGCUACAAAAGCAACGGUGGAAUUCUUUAAUGUGUUUAGUGAGACGGGUGCUCAACGAUCUGAAGAGACGACUAUUUUGGAGGCUUAUUUUGUGUUCAGAAACGGCACAGCUCUUGACUAUGAUGCAGUGACCUCAAUCCUGAAUUCAGAGGAAGUCUAUAGGGAAUUUGGAUACCAACUAGUUGAGCUUGGAUUUACUGGCAUCUCGACAACAAUUACCGAUACUACAGAAGUCAAGACAGAGGUAUUCAUCAUGAUUGGUUUGAUGGCUGCACUGGCGAUCGUUCUUGUUGUAACAACCACCUCACUUGUGUGCAUCAGAAGGAACUACAAGAGGAAACUAAAGGCAGCCAAAGCCAUGAACUCAGCAGCCACAGUGGUCAUACAGAAUCAGAAGAGCGGGCCUGUUGUUCCUGGAACCAACAAAUACACCAAAGAAGGAGCAAACCCAGUGCUGAAUAUGAAUAUCGACACAGCCACAGACCUUGGCUUUGAUGAAGAUGGCUCCAGCGCAGACAGAGAGAGCCUUAAUUCCCUGGACUACAACAUUGAUAUGACCAUGACAGAGAAAGACACUAUGCCAAUGAUGGCAAUUCAGGAAGAAGAGGAGGAGGAUGACGAAAGGAGCGAAUCUCCAUACAUUGAGCCUUUGGGUGCUGCAUUGGCCCAGCGAGAGAAGAGGAGAGGUGCAGACAGCCUCACUUUUGCAAACCCUUCCAUAGACACCACUGAUCUUUAACAUUCAACCACUGACCUCCAUCUUUCUGCCAUUUUAUAUGUGGUUCUGCCAAAAAAGAGAAAAGACACAAUUUCAUACUAUAUUCUAUUUGACCAAACUCUAACUCUAAACAAGACUUUUGAAGUUAACCCAUGACUUUGAAUGCUGUAUCAACAAUGCACUUUGAAAUUUAAGAGUUGGUCGGGGAAAGAAAAAAAAAAAAAAAAAAAUGUUGGGGAAAGAACCAUUCUCAUUGCACUAAAUACAAGUGGUCUUUGAAGCCUAAUUUUAUUAGGCUAAAAUAAAAAAUUCAUUAUUUUUGUUAUUUUCCAUCAUUUUCUUUUGGAAUCUCUAAUAUGUAAUACUUAAUCCUUUAUAUAAAGUUUUGUUGUACAGAUGAAUGGAACUCUUUAAAAAAAUGUUGAUUUUUUAAAUGUUUAUAUUAUUUUCUCUCUCUGAACAAAAACAAGCUGCAUCAACAGAAACUAAAGUAUAAAACUGCUUGUCUACUCUGCCAAAUAUUACCUGGCACUUGCCUGCUUAGUUUAGGUCUGAUCAAAGUUAGCAAAAAAAAAAAAAAAAAUCAUAUCUUGCUAAGCCAGAUUGGUGGCCAGGGUGUAUAUAUCGUAAACUGUCUAUAUAUGGUGUAUUGUUAUAUGUUCCAAAAUUUUCUUUUUUGCUAUUUUACUCAAAUAAAAUUGAUCAUGUUAUCAAAA